AUGCUGGUGGCCGUGCUGCUGUGUUUGUCGAUCAUCUCUCCCGAUAUCCACAUGCGGUCCACUGCCAUUAAAGUCAUGAUGCCUUCCCUUCUCCUGCGCGCCAAGUUGUCUAGGGUGUCGGUGACCCUGUUCCUCCCACCCAUACUAUUUGGGGGAGUUUCUGUAGAACUCACGUCAUCCUCACCACCGGCGGGCGAAACAGUCAGGCCCCGCCACGUCUCCAGGGACCACUUCCGGUCUUCUCCCCUCGUCCAGAAGCGCAAGUCCGUUCUUCUAUAUACAGAAGCUUCCGAUCAACCGCAGAGCGGCCAGCUGGUACACAUGAGGAUGAAAACGUCCAUGCUGUAUGAAAUAAUUGUCUGA